GAAAUACACCAAAUAUUGAAAGAGAUCAUCCACCAAUUAUUGGUCGAAUUUUAUGGGCACGACGAAUGUAUAAACGUAUUCAAAAUCCUUACGUUGAAUUUAUAAAACGAGUUGAACUAAAAGAUCAUCAUACUAUGAAAAAUAUUACAAAUAAUUUUAUAAUGAUUGCAAAUGGUUUUUCAAUUUAUGAACUAUUAUAUCAUCGGCAUUGGUAUAAUACAUUACCUGAUGUUGUUAAUGUUAUGUGUAAUCCAUUACUUAUACGACAAAAUGUUACUCGACAAUUAUAUAUUAAUUAUGAUCCAUUUAUUGAUGUUGUUUUACGUGAAUGUGAAUUACUUGCUCGGUAUUCAAUUACAAUGCCAGAUUUAGGAUAUAAAUUAUUAUUAGAUAGAGAUAGAAUUCGAUUAUAUUAUGAAAGACUAAAGAAAUUACUAAAAGAUCUUUCAAUACUAUUGGCGAAAGCACAUCCAGCUAGUUACGAACUCGUAGAAAAAGUUAUGGCACAAGUAGAUAAUACACUUUCAAUUGGUUUAAAUCGUCUUAAUUGGUUGUCAAAAAAUCUUGAUGAAUUAUUUCUUCCAGCUGAAGAAGAAAUUUCUCUUAUGUCAGAUUUUCUUAAUCAAAUAUCAUCAUUAAUAAUUCAUCGUAUAGAAGAACCAAUAAAUGAAGUAUCUCGUUUUGAAAUUCUUGAAUUUUCUAAUGAAUCAAUUGAUCUUAAAAAAUUUAUUGAUGAUAUUCGUCAACAAAUUAUUUCUAAAGCAGAAAAACUUAAUUCACUUUCUAUGCAAAUUGAAUCAGCUGUUUUACAUGUUAUUAAAAUGUUUUUUGAUAAAGCUGGUUAUAAAUCAAAACCAUUCGAACAAAAACUUGGAGAUAUUGAUAUUAUGCAACUAUCAACAAUGCAAAAAUUAGCGAUACAAAUGUUUACUCAAGAUUCAUCGACAUUAGAAAAAAAAUCAAGAAAUCCAACUCAAUUUAUGCUUCAACCAUCAAAUGAAUGGGAAAGAUUUAAUGAACUAUGUAAUGAAUUUCUUAGUUCAUUCGAAGCUCGUUUUAUCGAAGCAUUGACAUUAUGUGCUAAAAAUACAUUUGAAAUGAUUAAAAAUCGAGCUAAUCCAACAUUAAUACAAAUGAAACCUCGAUUAAAAAAACUUCGAUUAUAUCCUCUUGAUACUAUUGAUGCAAAUGCAAAUAGAAAUGAUAAUAGAAAAUAUCCAUUAAUAUUAACUAACGUUGAAUUACAAUCAUCAAUGAUUGUUCUAAAUCCAAGUAUUGAUGAAGUUCAACAAUUAAUGCACGAAUUAAUUAAUUAUGUUUUAAAUAUUUUUCAUGGUAUACGUAAAUGGGGUGAAGUACGAAUUAUUGAUAGUAAAUUAAUACAUAAUUAUCCAAUGCAUGAUUUUUCUGAAUUAUUACCAACAAAUGAUGAUUUAGAAUUACAUAAAUUGUAUGAUGAUGGAGAAGAAAAUUCAUGGCAAAUUCAACAAGGUGAAAAAUAA